CCUUCUUCUUCUCCGUUGUAUCCAAAUCUGUAAUUCUGAGGUUAGGGUCGCAGAUUGUGCAGUAGAGAUGGCUGAAACAACGUUCGGCCGUCGCGAUCCAGCAUCUUUCCCUUUGCCUGGGGUUGAAAUCACCCAUUCAGUUGCUCGACCUAGAGAGAAGAAGCCCAGCAGAGUUCCUGAUAUAAUGAAAACACCAGAUGAACUUGAGGCAUCCUUCAUACAACUAUUUAAAGAUUACACCAAAGCAGCAGCAGCAGCUCGUAGUGAGGAGAAGAAUGAUUGUGAAAAGAAACUUAUAAAAGUAAUCAAAUAUUUCAGAAAUCUCAAAAUACUUUAUAGUACUGUUCGUCAUUUAUUUCCUCGGGUUUUAGAUCUUAAGGAGGCUGUUCCAUUGAUGAUUAAUUUAUUGAAAGAUGAUAAAUGCGGGAAGCGUUUAGCUAGUAGUAUUCUUUGGACAUUCGAAGAGCUAACUCAUGUGGCUUAUGAAGUUCCUAGUCAGAAGGAACAAGUUGCCAAAUUGGUUAAAUCUCUAUUUGAAAUGGAAGCCUUACAAGUGUUUGUUUCUACUCUUGGUAAGUUUUCUGAAGAUGAUGAUUUACGAGCAGUACAAACUAUUGCGCAAAUGUGUUUUCACGGAGGAUCAGCUGUAGUAACAACCGCGGGCAGUAACAGCAAACUGAUGAAUUGGGUGUUUGAAGCAACUACAGGUACCAAAUGGGAUGUAAAAGUGUGUGCUGUGGGGUUUUUACAUACUCUUUUGUUUUGUAGUUACAAAAAUAGACUUGUAUUGGGAACGGGCACUCUACCUGUUGUUAUAGAUGCUCUUUCAGCUCUUACAAGUCCUGGAGAAGAAAAAACAGAAGAACAGGAAAGAAAAGAAGAAGAAGAAGACCUCCCUUGUACUUUUUUUGAUUGUUUAUUUUUUCUAUUAGAGCAUUUGGAUAAUAAAAUACAUUUUUUCAACUCUGGAGGAGUCGAGGCAAUGAUUAAAGUUUUACAGGAUGGGCAAGAAUUGGGUGAUUAUAUUUAUGGGUCUGCGAUUGCGGUACUUGAUAUAGUGAAAGAUUGUGCUUCUGACAAGUUUGAGAAUGAGGAUUUGGGAUUGGACAUUGCAAUAUUCCCUGCUUCCAUGGAUAUGAUUCAUGGGAGUACUAUGCAUGUUAAAGAAGAAAUUGAAGAACGUCUUAUAUCGCUAAUCGAAUCGUUAACUGGUGGCAUUAGCAAGACGAAAAAAUAUACAUUGUUAAAAAAGUUUGAGGAGAAUGAUUGUGAAAGAAUCACUUGGCUUAUGGAGCUCUUCACACGAUAUUCCAAAAAUGUUGAGGCAGUGGCGAAUCAUCCCAAAAGCAAACAGGUUGCUCACAUUUACUACUCCAAGUGAAACUGGAUUACCUUGGCACUAGUGCUCCUCUGGUUGUUCCAGUUCCAGCAUUCGUGCUAGGUGAAGCUCCCCCACCACCACUAAUAGUUUACCUGAACUAGUACUUGGUGCAGCUCUGCCACGACCUCCUCUAAACCCACCUGUCAUGACCUCCUCUUGAUGCAGCGGUGAUAGUAGAAGCAGCAGCUGGUCAAGUUGAACCUCUGCCACGAUCACCUCCAGGUCCGGUUUUAGUCAACUGUCAAAACAAAGUACACUGUAAGUUGAUGCCUUACAGUUUCAAAGCAACUUUCCGCAUUAUCUUAAUUGUUGAUGUGUGAGUGGUCAUAUUCAA